GGAAAGAGACUUGAAUUCUGUUUUCUUCAGCGUCUUAUACGGAGGAAAGAAAUGAAGUAAGCUUUCUCGUUUACCGUUUCUGUAAUAACUUAACUGCCCAUAUAAUCGAAAAUGAAUUAUUUGACUUCUCGACGUGCGGCAGUGUGCCCAGAAUAUAGGGGGCAGUGACCUUCAGGAAGAGUGGUGAUGUUAUUGCAAAAAGUUUGCAGGAGAUUCCAACCAGCUUUUGUUAGAAAUCAUGGAUCAACAAUUCUGCCUGCGAUGGAACAAUCAUCCAACUAAUCUUACAGACGUAUUGAGCAAUUUGCUACAUAGACAGGCUCUUGUUGAUGUUACCCUGGCCUGUGAAGGUGAAACGUUUAAAGCGCAUCAGACAAUCCUAUCAGCGUGCAGCCCUUACUUUGAAAGAAUUUUCCUACAGAAUACUCAUCCUCAUCCAAUAAUAUUUCUGAGGGAUGUCCAUUACACAGAAAUGAGGGCCUUAUUGCAGUUCAUGUAUAAGGGAGAAGUGAACGUUAGUCAGAGUUUGUUACCGAUGUUUUUAAAAACUGCCGAAGCUUUGGAAAUUAGCGGUUUGACGCAAGGUGCUGUAAAGAAACCCGAAGACAGGACAAGUCCCACUCCCGCCGUCUCUCCAGCAAGAACAACGAUCGAAGAACGAAGUAGUGCCGGUAGUCCACCACCAGAGAAAAGGAAAAGAAAGACUUCUGGAAGUUGUGAAGUUCCCAUGACUGGGAACAAUAAUGAACGGUUCCUGGGAGAUGCACAGAUGCCCCCACAGUGUAGUUACAAAACGAGCAGUGCGCCAGCUCCUCUACCUAAACUCCACCCCAUAUCAUCAGAAGUAGAUGAAGUUGUGGAUAUUGCAUCAUCACCUCCACCAAUCAAGGAAGAAGUUGACUCAAGUCCACAACCUGAUUUUAAGGAGUCUUUCCAUAAUGCUGGAGACAUAAAACCACCUCCUGUUCUGCCAACCGUUUUGAGCCAUCAUGACGAUCUGUCACUGCAGGCUCCCCCCAGUGCAGGAGGUGCAGGUCAGUCGGAUGGAAGUGAGCAUGAGCAGGGUCCCUCCUCUCAAGAUACCAUGGAUGGACUUGAUGGAUCAAAAGCCUGGCACAUGAGGCUAACGUUUGACAAGAUCCCUGGCUACUCCAACCUCCAUCGCUGUAAACUUUGUGGCAAAGUUGUUACACACAUUCGCAACCAUUAUCAUGUUCACUUCCCAGGGAGGUUUGAGUGCCCUCUGUGCCAAGCCACUUACACACGCAGUGAUAACCUACGUACUCAUUGCCGAUUUAAACAUCCAAUGUUUAAUCCAGACUCUAGAAAGUUUGAGUCACCACCUUGCAGUUCUGAUCUAAAAGCUGCCCCGUUAAACAGAAGCACUGAGAAACCAUGAUUGGUCCUUACAGAAGGCUAUUUCAUGCUUCAGUUUACCAUCUCACUUUAUGUGAAUUUUAUGUCUGCAAAAGUUUUAAAGAAUUAUUAUGAAAACAGAGAAGUAAUGAAUGAUAUGUGAAUAACAGCAUUGCAAAAAUGUGAAAUGAUUUAUUUAUAUUUUAAAUGUUCUUUAUUUUUAUUUAAAGCUGAGAGAGUUAGUGUACAGAAAAAGAGUAGAGGUAGUGAUUUUCAUUUCAUUUUUCUUCUUCCAGGGAGAGCAGAGUCGGUGCUUAUGAAUGAAAUAACCAACUAUAAGAUGUUGUUUGUGAAACUAACAGGAACUGCAAGACAAUGCAAAGUCUGUGGUAAAGUUGUGAAUAAUAUGAAGAAUCACUACCUCUACCAUAAUCCUGCUAGGUAUCAGUGCCCAAUUUGUUUAAGUGUCUUGUCACGACCAGACCACCUUAAACAACAUAUUAAGUGGAGGCAUUCUCAUAUUCCUAUUACGGAUGUAUCAAACACUGUUGUUUAUCCAUUCUCAUAGUUCUCAUCAACAGAAAAAUGAAUUUAUUAUUUUAAAAUUUUGGCACAAACAAAUAUUAUUGCAGAUAAGGUUAAGAGCUAACAGUACUUCAGAAAGUAACAAUGCAAAAAAUAUUUUAUUUAUUAUAUUGCCAUUCUAGUAAAAUGCAGGUUAUCAUAGCAUAACUUUUCAUAGGUCAGCUAUCCCUAUUUUGGUGGUGAUUACCUCCAUUACUCAGAUGGUAUCAUUAAUUAAUGAAUAGUACAACUGUACCAAUAUGCAUCAGCAUGUUUUAUGGUACCACAAAGAGCACAAGUGGAAUUUCUCGCAAGGCAAAUAAUUCAUAGAUUAUUUUACAUACAAAACCCUUCUGAUCUUCCUGCAUAUUCAUCCUCAGUGGAUAAGGGAUUAAUAUAAUGCAUUUCGUAAAUGUCAUCUUGCCAAUUUUUUUCAAGUUUUGAAUCUGAGUCCCUUACACUCUGAAUAGUUUCAGGAGGAUUUUUUGUACCACAAAAGUAAAUAGUGUUAAGAAUGCAACAUAUUAGUUAUCUGUUCACAUGUUAUGAAUUAUAUUUGUGUAGACAUGUUCUCUACGCUUUGUGCUUCAUGUUCUAGAUUACUACAAACUUUUUGUUUUGCACCAUAUUUAAAUUGCAUUAGUACACAUGCAAUAUUUUUUCCUGUGUAUUGAUGAGGACUGGUCUUUCUCAUCUUUCUGGCUAAUAAUGCCACUGUUUUCGGGGUCCUCGUGCUACCUAUUCUCUUACUGCUUGAUUUCAUAUGUGUAUCUCUGCAGGAAUUCCCUUUUUGAUAAUCUUGGUACUACAGUAAUAAUUGGUAGCAUUCAGACAUAAUUUUUGUCCUAUACACAACACAACAAUACAUUGCAAGAGACAAUAGUCUUAUCAUCAGGUUGUAAAACUUAGCAGAACUAAUAAUACUUUAAGCUACUUAGAUCAUGCAGAUACAUUUCAUCUUAAUGUUUUGGCCCAUUGUACUUGGUGUUAGGAAUAGAAGGUUGGUCAUUCAUUUUGUGAACAAUGUGGGAUUUCCAGCCUGAAAGUUUGGCUAAAUUUGUGAUAACCAUUAUUUUUACAAAUAGUGUAUCUGAUUGUGUAAGUUCUUGCUGGUAAACACAGACUUAAUGUGUACUCAUUUCUGACUCAGUAAGUUGUUUAAUUUUAUCUGUUUGUCUUUUGAACGUUAACACAGGUACAUAAUAACAUUGUAUGAAAAUAAUUAUGUGCUUGUUGUUGCUGGUGUAAGUUUGCAUAUCUUGUCAGCAUGUUGGUUGGGAGUUAAAGUUGAUUCGUAUUAACUAUUGUCAUGAGAUAAAUGUAUGAAAGUGCCAAAAAAUUUUUUAUUCAUACUACAACCAUAUUCAUUCUUGCAUGUCAUGUAAAAACUGUGAAAGUAAUAUACACAACAUGCAAGCAGUAAGUGUCAAUACCAUGUGACAUUGAUGAGAUUUGUAAGAGCUCCUAAGAAUAUGUUUUUUAUGAAGUUGCUAGAAAUUAUAUUCAUGUUUUAUGUCAACAGUUGUUAUUUUAUGGAGAUAUAUUUAUUGUAAUAGUACAGUGAAAAUUGAUUUUUAUGUUAUGUUACCGUUUACACUGUACUACAUUAGAUAUAUUUUUAAUAGAUUGUACAGAAACAUAAAAAUAUGUCCAGUUAGUAUUCCAUUCCUUAAAUAAUAUUUUUGUCUUUAUAACGGCAAUGUUUAUUAAUGAAAUAUUGAGUUUAUAGAUACAUAAAAAUCAUGCCAUUAGUAAAGUGUUCUAUAAAUAAUGUUUUUGUUGUGAUAACUGCAGAGAGUGUUAAUUAAAAUAAGUGUUUGCACUUAAUAGUAAAAGAAAAGGGUAAAUUACAUUCAGCAUUCUCACUGUUAACUGUAUCAUCUCACUACCACACUUGACUUCGAAAAUCUUUGCGUAAGAAUAUACAUUCAUGUUUUGUUUGUGUUGUAACAGAAACACCUUUACACGGCAUUAUAUGGUGACAGUGUAGACACUGUGCUUUAUUGCAAAUGAAAACUAUAUAAUGAUUAGCAUACUCAACAUAUUUUAGCUCUUAUCUUCCAGAUAUAUGUUUCAUGUUUUGCUGUAGCCCUAGUAGCAUCAAAUAUGUUAUGACAUUUUGCCUCCUUCCUUCAUUGUUGAUGUUGAGAUGUUCACCUAAUGAAGGUAAUCGCUGUUAUUAUUUCAUAACAUAAUGUGGUAAAUUUUAUAUUAUAUCGUGUCAUUUUAAAAGUUUCUCUUGAACAUUGUCUACUAAGCAGUAUCUGUAUUAUCAGACAUUUCUCAGACAGUUUUAACAAAAACUUUGUGAAGAUAUAUUUUGCCAGUUCACUUACACAUUUUAUAGCUUGAUUUACAGUGCAAAAUUAGGAACUUAUUGUUUAUAUGCCUUCCUGAAAGAGGCAUUAGUGUACAUUGCUUCUGCAUAUUCUUUGAUGCCUGAAGUGCCCUGACUUCCAUUAAAAUCAGCCUGUUAUGGCUUAUCUUUUCUUACUGUUGUCAUUGAGCUGUUAAGAUUGAUUUUAUUGCCCAGCUGCACCCAGUGCUUGUUAUCACACAACAUUAAUAUGGAAGUGUUCUGUUGACACUACUCAUGAGGACACUAACAGCUAGAAGAAACACACACCCACACACACACACACACACACACACACACACACACACAGGGUGUAUCUACCAGAAGCCAUCAGGCAUGUUUUCUCUGGGGUUUUACGAAAUAUUUGCAACUCAUUUUUUGUAAUGUGUAGCUGAAGUCGUCCUAAAUAAAUACUGCUUAUCACAUUUUUCAAGGUGUUUCCAGUGUUAAUGGAAAACAUUAGUUCGUUUCUGGUUACAAUCAAAAUGAUUUUUAAGUGGAGUUCAGUCAAAUAAGCAGUCUAAAAUUGAAUUUUUGGCAACAACCACAAGCCGCACUUGUGAUCGGUUAUGCUCUUCAAAUAAACAAGAGCAUCAUCAGAAUGUACAGUUUAAAGUUGUCUGACACAUUAAAGAUUGCCUUUACAGUUGGCUGACAGCUCUAAAGAUUAAUUUGGCUGUACUAUAGCACUUAAACUUACAUUUAAAGUACAGUAGUAAUUUCAUCUUUGGUGCUAUCAAUGUCAAUGUCAUCAUUUACUGCAGUACUUCAAAAGUACUUUAAAGUAAAUUUAAGUACUCUAGUACAGUCAGAUUAAUCUUUAGAGCUGUCAGACAGCUGUAAAGGCAAUAUUUAAUGCUGUCAGACAACUUUAAAUUGUAUAUUCUGAUGAUGCUCUUGUUUGUUUUAAGAGUCAAACUGGUUGUAAAAAAAAAUAUAAAGUGCAACUUGUGGCUGUUGUUGAUAUCUUAGUUUUAACAGUCGCCUGUGUGUGCUCUUGGUCCCAAAUUAGUCUAGAGCAAUAUUUGUUUUAUCUAUAUUUAUUAAAAGGGAUUGUAAAACAUGAAGGUUAACUAGUACUCCAGCAGCAGUACUUGACAAACUUGCCUAGUCUCAUGUACUGCCCUGCCCCAUGCAGCUGCUGGAGUGUUGAUCAUUCUUUGUGUUUUGCUCUCCCUGUUAAACGUGUCACUAAACUGGUGGCUAUCAGAACUAUUCGUUACUUCCACAGGUAGAGAGAGAGAGGUUGAGAAGCAUUAAAAAGAAAAGGUAUGUCACUCAGAAUCCAGUAUGAGGGUCUCAUGUGUAGUUGGGGUGAGUGCAGACAAACAGCAAAAAUAUGAGGAGGAAUAAUGAUAUGAAUUAGGAUAGAUUGCCACUCAUAACAUAGAGAGAGGUAUUAAGUGACAAGAAUGUCACAUUUUGAAGUAGACUAUUGAUUAUUAUUUAGCUACCAGACGAAGUCCUUCAUCAGAUGAAGAACACAGACACGCACAUGCACAUGUAUGCAUGCAAUUCAUAACUCAUAAAUAUAUGGCCACUGUUGUCACCAGUCAAGACCUACAGUGCAUGAGAUGACAGUGGUCUUAUGUGUCAGUUGCAUACGUAUGAAUAUGUGUGUGUUUCUGUGUCUGGUGAAAGACUUUGUCUGAUGGCUUAAUAAUAUCCAACAAUCCACUUUGAAAUCUGUCUGUCUACUGCUUAAUACCUCUUUUAUGUGGUGAGUACCAGUCUACCAUAAUCCAUACUAUUUGUAGACAAAGAGAGAUUACUUAUAUAAUGUGAGACAGAAUUGCUAGACACCAUACAUAAUUGUAUUAUUUUUCUGUAUAGUUAGUUUUUGAUGGGUCAGGCUGUUCUUGUUGUACCACAAUUUCCUGUAGUGUUGUUCCACAACUGUAAAAUUAUCUAUGUUAAUUUUUUAACAGGAAAAGCUCUUGUUUGUCAGAUCUUACAUACUUAUAUUUAUGCAUUGAAGAUGUGUCUUCAGUCACAGUAUCUUUUAUUUAAAUAAAUCAAAACCAUUGACUGAUUUUGGAGGAAGACACUAACAGUAAAAUUAAUUUUGUGAAAGGGCGAUUUACUAUUCAAUUUUCAGUACAUUUUACAAAUUGAUUAGUCAUCUGGUCUUUAGCAAGUUGAACUGUUGAGGGUUAAAUAAAUCUCUCUGUUUCAGUAUUAUGUUUGUGUUAUUAUCUUUAUGGUGCACAGAAUUGUUGUUUCAUAGAUCAUAAUUGUUUAUUUUGUGCCAGCUUACUGUUGUCACAGACAGCAUAAAUAGAUAAGUGCAAAAAUCUAUUGCAUGAUUGAUACAAUUAUACUUACUCUAUGAUUAUUUAUAAAUCAUAUUUAUGUACUCUGUUCUGCCAGUACUGAGGUGUACCUAAGUUUUGUAUCUGUUUUUGACAGUUCAUAUUCAAUGUUUAUUUUGGUUAUUUCAGCUUUAUAGUUUUAUUUUAUCUGUACCUAUAGAUAUGAGAAUGAGCUUUGAUUUCAAGGUUGUGUUUUAUAUCACUUAAAUUGAUAUGGUAAGAUUUUUUGUAAAAGAGAGAGACAGUUUAACUGUUGGACUGGUGUCUUACUGAAUGUUCCAUUUUGGAUGGGCCAGAUUUUGUGAUAUUUCAAAUUACACCGUUUAAUGCAGAAUUUAUUUCUUAAAACUGUUUUGUCUUGUUGAAUUUCUGCACAUAUAAAUGUGCAAGAAUGUGAUAAUCCUGGAUGGGUGCUAAUAUUGAUAAAUGUGCAAUAACAUGUUUCUAAAGAUAAAAAUUUUUGUAACAAUUUUAAUACAAUGAUUAAUAAAAAAAUUCUGAUAAAGUCAUUGGUUCUCUCCUCCUCUUUGUAAACAGUCAUGCGUGUUUCAGCCGUACUUCUAAUAAAGUAUUUUAUA